AUGGGUUCUUCCAUAUUAUUGGUUUCGUUUGCUCUCGUAGUCAUGAUACUCAUUUCUUAUGAACCAUACUCAUGGAUGGGCGUAAACGCGAGCGAUGUACCUACCAGUUGCGACCAUUAUUGUAACCAGACGUUCGAGAGUCGUCACCAAUGUUACAAAUGGUGUGAAGAAUCAGCUCACAAAGAUCAUGGGUACAAGCUUUAUGGGUAUCCUUACUCCGCCAAUACAAGGCGUGUCCUCGCCGUACUGUACGAGAAAGGCCUUUCUUUUGAUCCCAUCACCGUCGAUUUGAGAUCCGGUGAACAGAAGAAGCCACGUUUUCUCGCUAUCAAUCCAUUUGGUCUAAUCCCUGUUUUGGUAGACAGAGAUCUGAAGUUGUUUGAAUCCCGAGCCAUAUCACAAUACCUCGCGACUGUUCAUAGAUCAACAUGCACACAACUUCUGAAUCACAAAAGCUACAAGAAAAUGGGAACAGAAACAAUGUGGAUGUAUAUCGAAUCUUUUGAGUUCGAUCCUCCCGCAUCGAUACUGACUCAGGAGCUAGCCAUCAAGCCUUUGGUGGGUCAAAAGCCAGACUAUAAGGUCGUGAAUGAAACCAAACCGUUGCUAGAGAAAGUUCUAGAUAUCUAUGAAGAACGACUCAAAAAUUCCAGCUUCUUGGCUAGUAACAACUUCACAUUGGCUGAUCUUUUUCACCUUCCUAAUAUACAAUACCUUAUGGGCACACCUGCGAAGAGAUUGUUCGAAAACCGGCCUAGCGUUCACCGGUGGGUGGCUGCAAUUACUGCUAGACCGGCUUGGAAGAAAGCCUGUGAUGUGAAGGCUUGGUACGGUAAGAAGAUGAAUGGUUAUUGA